AUGUCUACAACGGAGACCGCCACUCCCAUUGGCAUUGCCAAUCUCCCCAACCAGCGACACAAGAUUGUCGCGAAGCGGGGUGCGGCUUUCACAAUUAUGGUUGCCGGAGAGUCGGGAUUGGGAAAGACUACCUUCAUCAACACCCUGUUCUCUACCACCAUCAAAAACUAUGCCGAUCACAAGCGCCGCCACCAGAAGCAGGUUGACCGCACCGUUGAGAUCGAGAUCACCAAGGCCGAGCUGGAGGAGAAGUUCUUCAAAGUUCGCCUGACCGUUAUUGAUACCCCCGGCUUCGGCGACUAUGUCAACAACCGCGACUCGUGGCAGCCCAUUAUUGAGUUCUUGGAUGACCAGCACGAAUCCUACAUGCUCCAGGAGCAGCAGCCCCGCCGUACCGACAAGAUUGACAUGCGUGUGCACGCUUGCCUGUACUUCAUCCGCCCCACUGGACACACCCUCAAGCCUCUCGACAUUGAGGUUAUGAAGCGCCUGAGCUCCCGCGUCAACCUGAUCCCCGUCGUUGCCAAGGCCGACACCCUCAGCCACGCCGAUCUGGCCAAGUACAAGGAGAGAAUUCGCGCCGUUAUCGAGGCCCAGGGAAUUAAGAUCUACACCCCACCAAUCGAGGAGGACGAUGAGCACGCCGCCACCCACGCCCGUAGCCUGAUGGCUGCUAUGCCUUUCGCCGUUAUUGGUUCCGAGAAGGAUGUCAAGGCCAACGACGGCCGUGUCGUCAAGGGUCGUCAAUAUGCUUGGGGUGUUGCCGAGGUGGAGAACGAGGACCACUGCGACUUCAAGAAGCUCCGUUCGAUCUUGAUUCGCACCCACAUGCUGGAUCUUAUCCACACUACCGAGGAGUCUCACUACGAGGCUUACCGUGCCCAGCAGAUGGAGACUCGCAAGUUCGGCGAGGCCCGACCCCGCAAGCUGGACAACCCCAAGUUCAAGGAGGAGGAGGAGAACCUGCGCAAGCGGUUCACCGAGCAGGUCAAGGUCGAGGAGAGCCGUUUCCGACAGUGGGAGCAGAAGCUCAUCUCUGAGCGCGACCGACUCAACAAGGAUCUCGAGGCUACUCACGCUGCCAUCAAAUCCCUCGAGCAAGAGAUCGAAGGCCUGCAGGGCUCCGGCACCCGCAGCCACGGUCGUCGCUAGAAUGGUGGUUCAAAAAGGGAGUUGGCACACUUGUGUUGGCUCUC